CCCACAUCCAACAAACUAACUGUAUAUCAAUGAGUCAAAAGAUACCGUUAUGGUAUAAACUUCACAAAAUAAAAAGAAUCCGUUAGAAUUUCGUCUUUAGAACAAAGUAAACGAAUCUCAAGUAUGAAAGGAUUAUUACUACUAGCUUGUAUUUCGGUGGGCAUCGUCAAUGUGUAUGGCCAAGUACCUAUACUUGAUAUCAUUCAAACAGUCCCCGAGACUAAUACGGUGACAAAUGAGAUGCGUGCGCAAAUGGACAGUGACGUCACUCUAUCGUGUAUGGUAGAAAAUAAGCCAAGUGACGUAUCUGUGAUCUGGCAGAAGAUCAUUUUCUAUCCCAAUGGUACGAAGGGUGAUCCUUUCCGUAUCUCUACAGACACCCAUCCCGAGGAUAACACCAAAUACAGUAUUGAAAAACCAACUCCAUUGGUAUGGAGAUUGCGAAUCAAGGCUAUUCAGAUAGUAGAUGAGGGCUACUACAAUUGUUAUGUCCAAGUCACAGACGCUGCAGGCAACAAUGUACAAGAGGGUCGUACUGUUUCCGUCACAGCUGCUCCGAAGAUUUUAGACGCCGAAUCAAGUUCAGAUUCCACCGUCCGAGAAGGGGAGAAUAUAGAUCUACAUUGCAACGCCUCUGGUAGACCGUUUCCAACGAUAUUAUGGACUAAAGGCGGGAAUGCUGUGUUGCCAGGGGGUGGGGUGACUCGGCUGAGUUCUUUAUUAACAAUAAGUAACGCCGAACCAAGCUUCCGAGGCACAUACAUGUGCACAGCCAUGAAUGAGAUGGGAAUCGAUAGACGUUCCAUAUACCUUGAUGUCAAAUUUGCUCCACGUCCAAGAUUUGAUCCGGUCCGUCAGCUGCAAGCAAUAGGAUACAGGAAGGAGAUUGUGUGUGCGAUAGAGGGUAAUCCGGAACCGUUACCCAAUCAGAUUUCAUGGGUGAAUAAGAUGGGAGAGAGGAUCACAGACAGUUCAAGAUUUAAGAUUCAGUACUCUCUAGGCGCAAUGAACCGUGUGGAGAGUGAACUAACUAUAUUCAACGUUCAAGAAGAAGAUUUUCAACAGUAUUCCUGUCGUGCUUUCAACAAUGAAGGGAGUAGUUUGGCAACGAUGGAGCUCGUCAAAACGGAUACACCACAACCAGGGAAGAUAGGACAGAUCAUUGCUGGUGGCUCCGCAACCAUGGUCUCUAUAGCAACUAUGGUGGUGUGUAUUGUCGUUCGACUCAUUCACUGAAACAAAACGUUUAUGCAUGGACUUCUAUACAAAAUUGUAUCAUUUGUAAAUAUUGUAAAUAUCAUUGUUAGCACGAGCUUUCCUUGUAACCUUUUAUAUUUCCAAAUAAUGAAUAAAUAAUGUUCCUCAAAAUUAUAUAAUUGAAGUAUAUGAGAAACUUAAGCGUGUGCGUGAACCGUUAGAAUGAACUAGAGUUUGUUCCAUGGGUUGGGAAGGGAAAUGUCCUCAUAUCAUUUAGUGGAGUCAGUUUCUGCAAUGAAACCCGUUUUACAUACAAAGACAUAUAGAUUGUUUAUAUACAAAUACAAUGCUUGAAUAUUAUAGCUUUAUUUGAAAUUAAUUUAGAGAUGAGUCCAUGGUAACCUGUAUUAAGUGUAGGCAGGCCAGUUUAAUUACAACAUACAAAGUAGCAUGCGGAAAUCAUACAAUUUGCAAAAAAAGGUUUGGUAUUAUUGCUUGUUGAUUGAUUGUUGCUAUACCAAUGUUUAUUUGUGCACACUUUACAGAAUGGACUAAAUUGCAUAUAACAUGUCAUGAAACACACCAAAAAA